AUGAGUGGCUGGGGUGCUGAUGAUGGAGCGGCUGGAUGGGGGACUAUCGGUGAUACUGCUGCCUACACUGAUGAGAAUACCAACCCAUCCGGCAACUUCAAAGAUGCUGGGCUUGAAGGCAACGCCUGGGAGACCACGUCUGUUGGUAAUGAACAGAAUGACGACAACAGAUGCCGCAACUGUGGAAGUGAUGGUCAUUUCGCCCGUAAUUGCCCCGAGCCCCGUAAGGGUAUGGUCUGCUUUAACUGCGGUGAGGAAGGCCAUGGCAAAGCAGAAUGCACCAAGCCUCAUGUUUUCAAAGGCACUUGUCGCAUCUGCAACCAGGAAGGACAUCCUGCUGCUGAGUGCCCUGAGAAACCUCCUGAUGUGUGCAGAAACUGCAAAAUGGAAGGCCAUAGAACCAUUCAUUGCAAGGAGAACCGCAAGUUCGACCUGAACAACAUACCAGACAAGCUUCCAGAGGAGGCCUGGGCAGCCAUGCAAAAGGCCAGUGAGGAAAAAGAUCUUGAGGACUUCCGCGAAGCUUUGAAGAUCUACUCUAAGGCAGUCCCUGAUGCGACUUUCGUUGAAAUUGAAAACAAGAUGCGUCAGGACAACCUUAACUUUUACCUCAUUGCCAUGGAAAAGCCAGUGGGUGAUUGCAUCAGCAUGAUCAAUCUUCAAGGCAAGCUGGACUGCAAGUAUGUCGUUGGGUUUUACUACAGUUCGAAGCCUCAGCGUGCCAAUCUCAAAGAGCGUUGGCCUGAGUCUAGUGAAGAAAACCUUGAGCGUCUGGAAGAUGCCGGUAUCCCUUAUGAUCGAGAAAUCCCAAAGUGCUCAAACUGUGGGGAAAUGGGCCAUACUGCGCGUGGCUGCAAGGAGGAGCGUGUUGUUCAUGAACGUGUUGAAGUGAAGUGUGUUAACUGUAGCGCCGUCGGACACCGUGCCCGUGACUGUACUGAGCCUCGUCGCGAUAGAUUCGCUUGCCGUAACUGCGGAUCCUCUGAGCAUAAAGCAUCCGACUGUCCUAACCCUCGAUCUGCAGAGGGCGUUGAGUUCGGUCAUUUUGCGAAGGAUUGUCCACAGGCCCCUGCCCCGAGAACCUGUCGCAACUGCGGAUCCGAGGAUCACAUUGCACGAGACUGUGACAAGCCCCGAGAUAUCUCAACCGUGACUUGCCGUAACUGUGACGAAGUUGGCCAUUUCAGCCGCGAGUGUCCGAAGAAGAGGGACUGGUCUAAGGUCAAAUGCAACAACUGCGGUCAAAUGGGCCACACUGUCAAGCGCUGCCCUAGCGCCGCAGUCAAUGAUACUGAUAUAGGCGACAGCCCGGGUUUGGGGGAUAAUGACAAUCAGAACGCGGCCGCAGAUGAGGGAUGGGCUACCGAUAACACCGGGAUGGCCGACCACUCGCCUGCCGAAGAAGGCGGAUGGAAGCCAGGUUGGUAG